UCUCUUCUUCUUCUGGAUGUUUAGCAUCAAUAUCAACACAAGCAGAGCUCCUGUUAAUGAUGUCAUUGAUGGCGUGGGGGGAGUCAUUUGACCGUCUUCUGGAGUGUAAAACUGGCCAGCUGGUGUUUGAGGACUUCUUGAGGACAGAGUACAGUGACGAGAACCUUCUUUUCUGGCUGGCCUGCAAAAAGUACAAGAAAAUAACCAGAGUGACAGAAAUGACCAUUGCUGCCAAACGGAUAUACACUGAGUUUGUCCAAGUUGGUGCACCUAGACAGAUAAACAUUGACUGUGUGACCAGAGAAGAAAUCAGUAAAAAUAUCUCUCAGCCGGGGCCAAAUUGCUUCGACAGGGCGCAGAAACUGAUAUAUGGCCUGAUGGAAAACGACUGUUACCCACGAUUUCUGAAAUCAGAAAUCUACCAAGAUCUCCUGGAGCCGGCUGAACAGCAAUGAAAGUAAGAUGAAGAAGAAGAAGACAAAAAAAAACAUGGCUGACACCUCUUUGAAUGAUUGAUUUUGCACCUCAGAAGACAGGGCUGCCUGUCAGACGAAGGAGGAGUGAAAGGACAUACAGAGCUGUUGGUAUGGAGACUGACAGGAUCUAAAAGCCAAACAUGAUCUAAAUAAUGUAUUAAGCUGCUUUUGAAGUCAAUUUUUGUUUUGGAUUUGAUGGUGCACAAAACGCCUGUAAUUCAAAAAAAAAAAAAAAAAAAAGAUAUCACGCCUUGAAAAGUUGACAUUUGUUUGGAUGAACAUCAAGGGUAAAUUCUGUCAUUUGUAAACACUCCUCCUUAAAUGAUUUAGAAUAUGUUUUGGGAAAGUUAAUUUUUCAUUACACUGUCUUUUGGUAUCCAAUCACACAAACUAAUAAGAUGUGAACAGUACCUAAGCAAUAUGAUAGGAUGUAACAGGUGAUGUCAUCUCUUUGGCCUGAUGAAAUUCUCUUUGUGUAUAUUUGAAAAGUGUUUUUUUAUGGCAGUAGGAAAUGUACAAAAAUGUUCUAUUGUUGCAGCGGUGAAUCACACGGGCUUAGAUUUAGUUUAGUCUGGCUGUACAUAACCUGCUGCCUCUGGAAAGAGUUUGUUUGCUGCACAGCUUGGAAACAGGCUGCCAAUCAUCUGAUUACUGUACAAUGUGAUACCACCGGACCAUUGUACGCUCCCUGUCAAAAUAUUGACAGUAAAUAUCGUAUUAAAAGAGCACUGUAUUGUUGUUUUUGUUGGAUAAAUCCUGCAGCUGCUGUGGCUGAUUAGUGGUUAAAAAAUAGUUCUACGCACGAGUUUGUGUGUUCGCAAAUGAGUGUGUGUGGCCUUCACUGUGGCCAUUUUGUCAAAUGAUGUGUCAAGCACCUCUUCUAUAUGAGCAUGCACAGAGCCUGAAGCACAAAGCCUGGGUUAACAGCAAAAAGUUGAUGAGCACCAUUGUGAUACCCGUUAUGUCUGACUGGAGUUUUUGCAUUUGACAAACCAGCUAACAUAAAACUUGCUUUGUAAUAUCAAGUUUGGCGUUUAGGACCAGCACAGUUCAGCUGGUUUGCUAAAAUAGAGUGGUGAAAUAAAUACAUUCACUUAUAAGAAUAAGAAUUGUGUGUAGCAUGUGGACAUUAUCAAAGAUGGACUUAGAUUCCAGGCCUAAAAAGGUUAGACAGAAGGAAAAUGCCUUAAACUUGCGUUCUGUUUAACUGCCAGUA